UCAGUGGGUGGUGCGCUGUGUCAGUGGGUGGUGCGAAGUGCUGACCAGCUGUACAAGCAGAAGAUCAUCAGAGGCUUCUGCCACCUCUACGACGGACAGGAGGCGUGUGCGAUGGGCAUCGAGGCGGGCAUCAACCCAACAGACCACCUGAUCACAGCGUACCGCGCCCACGGCUACACCUUCACACGGGGCGUGUCCGUUAGAGAGAUCAUGGCUGAACUCACAGGUCGAAGAGGAGGUGUGGCCAAGGGUAAAGGUGGUUCUAUGCACAUGUACGCUAAACACUUCUAUGGAGGGAAUGGAAUCGUGGGGGCUCAGGUUCCAUUGGGUGCUGGUGUGGCCCUAGCCUGUCAGUACCAGGGCAACAACCAGGUGUGCGUGGCGCUGUACGGAGACGGAGCAGCCAACCAGGGCCAGAUCUUUGAGUCUUUCAACAUGGCGGCUCUGUGGAAGCUGCCGUGUAUCUUCAUCUGUGAGAACAACAAGUUUGGCAUGGGGACGUCUGUAGAGAGAUCCUCCGCUAGCACUGAGUACUUCAAGAGAGGAGACUAUAUACCUGGAAUCAAGGUGGAUGGCAUGGAUGUUCUGUGUGUGAGGGAGGCCAUCAAGUUUGCUGCAGACUACUGCAGAGCUGGGAAGGGUCCUAUUGUGAUGGAAGGUCACAGCUGGAGAGAGCCCCCUCACCUGCCCGUGRCCCGUUUGGAUGAGGUGUCCCGUUAUACCGGGUUCACGCCCCCAAAGAUGACGCAUGAGUGA